ACCUGCAACGCCCAUCUCUAAUCUCUGAAUUCGGCGUUUAAAAACAGUCCGAAAUUGUCGUUAAUUUGUCGGUGAGUUGAGCCACAGAAUCUCAAAAAUGGGCCUUAAAGGUUGUGAAAUACAAUUGGACAACCCAUGGAACACCUACUACGCCGGUCAGACGGUCAACGGUCAGGUGAUAUUCACAUUUGACUCGCCCAAAAAAGUUCGAGGAAUCAUCAUCCGGUUCCUGGGAGAGGCCAACACCGAGUGGACAGAGGAGAAGAGCGUGACCACCAGCGAGGGAAAGACGGAGAACGAGGUGACUCAGCUAAAGGGACAUGAAGAAUACUUCAAGAUCCAGUACUAUCUGCUGGGCGGAAAGAACAGUUCUGAAACGGAGCUGCCGCCUGGCACCCACACUUAUCCAUUCACCUGUGCCCUGCCGCCCAAUCUUCCCUCCUCUUUUGAGGGUGAAUUCGGACACGUGCGCUUCACCAUAAAGGUGACGCUCGAUCGUCCCUGGAAAUUCGACCAGGACAUGAAGAUGGCUUUUACAGUUAUAGCACCUGUUGAUCUGAAUCUGAAUCCACGCGUCAAGGAACCGUUCAAGCUUGAGCUGGAAAAGUCCUUCUGCUGUUUUUGCUGUCGCUCGGGGCCGCUGGCAGUAAUCACGAGCAUACCGCAAACAGGAUUCGUUUCUGGCCAGGUGCUGCCUAUCACCUGCGAGGUGGACAACACCAGCAACGUGAAUCUCACCGCAGUCAAGUUUGAACUGCGCAAGUUAGUGACCUUCCACACGAAUCAGCCACGGAGCGAGAAGCGCGAGUCCAAGGUGAUCAUAGCCAACUUGAGUGUUGGUCCAGUCAACGGCGGCGAGUCGCACACGUUUACGCAGCAACUGGAAAUACCGGCGCUGCCACCGACCAACCUUCUCAACUGCGGUAUUAUCGCUUUGGACUACGACCUGCACGUGGAGUGCGAUGUCAGCGGUCCGCACCGCAAUCUUACCGGAAAGGUCCCAAUUACCUUGGGUACCAUUCCAUUGGCGGGCGUAAGGCCUCCCACGCAGUUCACAGAUGCUCCGUCGACCGCCCAGUCCGAGGAUCCAUCGCUGGCGCCCACACAGCCAGUAAGUCCGGCCAGUCCUCCGGGCGGCGAUGGCGUGGGCGGUGCACUGGGCUGGAACGUGGCUGACAGCACUGGUGGUGGUGGCUCCCUGUAUCCCAAUAUACCGCCACCGCAGUUUGUGGAGACCCAGUACAAGGCGCCAACCAUCGCUGGACGCGACGACUCCGAGCAUACGCAGAUAAUGGGUGACGGAGCCUUCGCUCCCCGCUAUCCAACCUUCCAGUUCAAUAAUGCCACGGCACCGCCAGCGAACCAGUGAACGAAUCUCUGAACAAUGAUAUUCUACAAUAGUUUAACUCUAAUAACUCGAACUACAAGAGUUGUACUCAUUUUUAUAUAGUUACCCCUAGAUGAUGUGAGAUUUAUGAUACUGAAGGGGAUUAUUUUCUUUCGUAGUUUUGAUCGGCUUGCAUUUAUUAAAUGAUAGCUUUCCGUCCAAAACGAAAGCCCAAAUACAAUAGUUGCAGUCAAAAUAAUACAAAGUUUCUAAAGUGGUUAAUACGUUAUUGAAAUUCAUUUUUCUUUGUUAAUUAAAAACAUAAAAUGUUUAAAUCAAAUCCAAAGGCGACAUUUCGGUUAUAUCAUGUAAACUUGAUUUUGUAUUCCCAAAAAACUUUUGGGCGUUAAAAAGGGAUUUGAAUCUAUCGUUUUGACUGCAUCUGAAUAAAUAAUCGUAUAUAUACGCACAAUUUAGUCAAUUUCAAUUUAAAAAUGCAAUUGCGUUGCUCAAAAUAAUUUUUUCUCAUUUUAUAAGCCUGCAAUAGUGCCUGAAACUGAUGUACGACUAUAAUCGUAAUAAAACACACAAACUGA